CUUCGGGUCUAUAUUUGAUGUCGGCUUGUUCACAUAAAGGAAAAAGCUGUCUUGCUUUUGUUCAGCCUCUGGUUUCCCGGCGUCAAGUCAGUUUUCUCACAACUUUGAUCCCGGCGACAAUAUUCUGCUGCCUUGGUCCUCGGAAACUGAACUGACUACCCAUUUCCUGUUUCUUCCAUUCCGGUUACUCCCCUUUUUCCUUCGACGGUGACUGAUAUGGUGGCCGGAGGCUGUCUAUAAGUUAUAUUUUCAUCUGGUUGCUAAAUAUUGAUGUGGCUUUCUUUUCCGUUUUAUGGAUUCCUUUGUCAAUUGGAAUAGCUAUUAAAGUGUUUCUGUGGGAUUUUGGCUUUUUGGGCACCAACAGCAGUUUUUACAUGCUUUUACAUGCUUUGUUGAUGCCGAUGUUUCAGCUGCAAAGUUCUGGUUUUGGCGUUUUCAUUCUAGCAGAAGAAGUCCAUUCUUUUGGAAUUUACUCCUGAUCAAGAUUGCUCCUACUGAAAAAGGGGCGUUCGUGUUGAGUUUCUCAUCCACCUCUUUAAACAUUUCUGGGAAAAGGGUCUGCUUUUUGUUGUUUAUACCAGAUGUUAUUAGACAACUUUGUAGCAGAAAGUAGAGGAGAUUCUUCAUCUUGGUGGUCGAUUUUAGAGAAUUGUCUAACUGUGAAGAGUUUGUGAGCAAGGUUAAAUCUUGGUAAAUAACGCCAAGUGUUGAAUUUGCCGGGGUUAUCAUAUUUAUAGGUCGUCAUGAAGGCUUUACCGAAUGGCUACUUGCCUAAUUCUGGCGAAGGGGAAAGAAAAACAAUCAACUCAGAGUUAUGGCAUGCAUGUGCUGGACCCUUGGUUUCCUUACCUCCUGUUGGAAGUCUCGUCGUUUAUUUCCCUCAAGGACACAGUGAGCAAGUCGCAGCAUCCAUGCAAAAGGAGGCUGAUUUCAUACCCAGUUAUCCUAACCUUCCGUCCAAGUUAAUUUGCAUGCUUCACAAUGUUGCAUUACAUGCUGAUCCAGAAACUGAUGAGGUCUAUGCACAAAUGACCCUUCAACCUGUAAACAAAUAUGACAAGGAAGCAAUACUUGCAUCAGACAUGGGUCUGAAGCAAAGCCGACAGCCUGCUGAAUUCUUCUGCAAAACUCUUACAGCUAGUGACACAAGUACGCAUGGUGGAUUUUCUGUACCUCGUAGAGCAGCAGAGAAAAUAUUUCCACCUCUGGAUUUUUCAAUGCAACCUCCUGCUCAGGAGAUUGUUGCCAAGGAUUUGCAUGACAAUACAUGGACAUUCAGACAUAUUUAUCGCGGACAACCAAAGAGGCAUCUGCUGACUACUGGUUGGAGUGUCUUUGUCAGCACAAAAAGACUAUUCGCUGGAGAUUCUGUUCUUUUUAUUAGGGAUGCAAAACAGCAGCUUCUUGUGGGUACAAGGCAUGCCAAUAGACAACAACCUGCUCUCUCUUCAUCGGUCAUAUCCAGUGACAGCAUGCAUAUAGGCAUUCUUGCUGCUGCAGCUCAUGCUGCUGCAAACAACAGCCCAUUUACCAUAUUUUACAAUCCAAGAGCUAGCCCUGCAGAAUUUGUAAUUCCAAUGGCCAAGUAUAAUAAAGCCAUGUACACCCAAGUUUCCCUUGGAAUGAGGUUUAGAAUGAUGUUUGAGACUGAGGAGUCAGGAGUUCGUCGAUACAUGGGUACAAUUACAGGGAUCAGUGACUUGGAUCCUGUGCGAUGGAAAAAUUCACAGUGGCGCAAUCUUCAGGUUGGAUGGGAUGAAUCAACAGCUGGUGAGCGCCCAAGCAGAGUAUCAAUUUGGGACAUUGAACCAGUCGUUACUCCUUUCUACAUUUGCCCCCCUCCUUUCUUCAGGCCCAGGUUCUCCAAGCAACCAGGAAUGCCAGAUGAUGACUUCGACAUGGAAAAUGCAUUCAAGAGAGCUAUGCCCUGGCUCGGCGAUGACUUUGGCAUGAAAGAUGCCUCAAGUUCAAUGUUUCCUGGUUUGAGUUUAGUUCAGUGGAUGAGCAUGCAGCAGAACAACCAGUUAUCUGCUACACAAUCAGGAAUGUUCCCAUCUAUGCUUUCAUCCAAUUCCCUUCAGAAUAACCUCAGCACUGAUGAUCCAUCCAAAUUAUUGAGCUUUCAAAACCCUGUCCUCUCUGCAUCAAAUCUUCAAUUUAACAGACCAAAUUUACCAAACCAAGUCAACCAAUUGCAACAAGCCCCAACAUCAUGGCCUCAGCAGCAGCAGCAGCAGCAGCAGAUGCAAUCCUUGUUGCAAGCACCUGACCAGCUCCAGCAGCAGAGGCAGCAGCCGCAGCCGCAGCUGCAGCCGCAGCCACACCAGCUUCCUGAGCCACAAAAUAUGACGCCGCAGCAGCAGCAGCAGCCACCACCCCAGUUGCAGCAACAGCGAGUACAACAACCACAGCAGCAGCAGCAAUCAUGUCAACAGGCCAUUAUAAACAAUGUGAUUGGUUCUAGCCAAAUUCCAAAUCCGAGUGUGCAACAAUCAAUAGCCUACUCUCAGCUUCAGCAGCAGCAGUUACUGUCAGCCAGCAUGCCUCUUCAGCAAAAUAUUCAAUCAGCUAGCAAAAAUACAUUCCCACUCACAACCUUAUCACAAGAUUCACAGUUUCAGCCACAGAUAGACCCACAAGCUACUCUCUUGCAGAGGCAGCAGCAGCAGCAGCAACAAUAAUUGCAGAUAUUCCAACAGAGCUUGUCACAGAGGGCCCCACAACAACCCCAAGUGGCUCAGUUGCCACCACAAAACCUGUCAGAACAACAGUUGCACAUACAGUUGCUACAAAAAUUGCAGCAGCAGCAGCAAUUUCUUUCUCCAGCUAGUUCACUUUUGCAGCCUCAGCUGCUACAGCAACAGCAAGCACAUGUACCAAACCAACAACUACCACAGCCGACUCUGUCUCAGCAUCAGCCUCAGCCUCAGCAGCUCAGCAACAAUGCAUUAUCUGCAGAGAAGCUUCUGGUCAGCAACGGCUUUCUUCUUCACCUCUGAUACAACCACAACAGGUUCCUUUGAAUCAAGCCCAGAAUACACCAAAACCACUUACAACUACCAAAGCUCCUUCUAGUCUUACA